CCCAGAAUUUCAUCAGAGAAUAUCGUAAGAAAGAAAAGAAAAUAAAAGCAAUGGCGGAUUGGGGACCGGUGGUGAUAGCGGUGGUUCUGUUAAGUCCGGGAUUGUUGUUUCAGUUGCCGGGGAGGAACAGAGUGUUCGAGUUUGGGAACAUGCAAACCAGUGCGGUUUCGAUUCUCGUCCAUACUAUUAUCUUCUUUGGUCUCAUCACUAUCUUCCUCGUCGCCAUUGGUGUUCACGUCUACACUGGGUAG